AUGGAGAAUGAGAAGAGGAAGAUAAUGAUAUUUGGGGGAACUGGCUACAUUGGGAACCACUUGGCCAAGGCCAGCUUGCUGUUGGGCCAUCCAACUUAUGUCUAUGCUCGUCCCAUCACCCCACGAACCACUCCUUCCAAAGUUGAGCUUCGCAAGGAGUUGCAGUCCAUGGGAGCUACCUUUGUCCUGGGAGAAGUGGAGGAGCAUGAGAAGAUUGCGUCGGCACUUCGGGAAGUGGACAUAGUUAUUUCUGCACUGGCAUACCCUCAAGUUCUUGACCAACUCAAAAUCAUCGAUGCCAUCAAAGUUGCUGGUAAUAUAAAGAGGUUCCUUCCAUCAGAAUUUGGGUCUGAAGAAGACAGGAUAACCCCUUUACCCCCUUUCGAAGCAUUCCUAGAGAAAAAGAGAAAGAUUAGGAGGGUCAUUGAAGCAGCUGGGAUUCCUUACACAUUUGUUUCUGCAAAUUGCUGUGCUUCAUACUUUGUUAAUUACUUGCUCCAUCCACAUGAGAAAGCAGACGACGACAUUGUCGUAUAUGGAAGUGGUGAAGCAAAGGCGGUGCUAAAUUAUGAAGAGGAUAUUGCUACGUAUACAAUCAAAGUGGCUACUGACCCUAGAACAUGCAACCGUAUUGUCAUUUAUCGGCCCCCAAAAAACAUCUUGUCACAAUUGGAGCUGAUAUCACUUUGGGAGAGGAAGACUGGUCGAAGUUUCAAUAGGAUUCAUGUCUCGGAGGAAGAAAUAGUAAAGCUUUCUGAGACCCUACCACCUCCAAACGACAUACCGGUGUCUAUCCUUUACAGUGUAUUUAUCAAAGGCCAAACGGUAUUUGAAUUGAGGGAGGAUGACAUGGAGGCUUCAAGGCUAUAUCCGGAUUAUGAAUACACAACCGUCGAUCAACUUCUUGAUAUUUUUCUCGUUAAUCCCCCUAAGCCCGCAGCUGCUGCGUUUGGAUGAGUUUUCAGUCGCUUUAAAGAAGAGACAGAAGGAAUAAGUUCUCGAAGUUAUUUGAUGUUGAACAAUGUUAAAGUAUUAAUUAAAUUAUUAAAUUUAUCAUUUCCUAUU